AUGGCGGCGACGCACACAAGCAGCUAUGGCGACCUGACUGAGUCUGAGCCGCAGUUCUUGCCAUCGGAAGAGUCGGCGGCUUGGCAGCUACAACAGAGGCAAACUCAGCCACAUCAGGAUCCUUACAUCUCGAAAGGCAUGUUUCUCCCAUGGCAACAGCCUGGAGCCCCCCCGUCUGCUCCAUACCAACAAUACCCGCACCACCCGCACCAGCAGCAUCGGCAACAACAAUCUCAUCGACAUCUGCAACAUCAGCAGACCUUAGCAGCACCGUAUGCCGGGACUCAACACCCUAUGCAAGCAUCUUUUCCUCAUGGGUUUCCACCCCAAGGCAUGCUGCCCGGUACACAGCAAUUGCCACAUGGCGCCGUGAUCCACCACGGUAUGCCAGGAGCUUCACCUGUGCCGAGCCAUUCAUCGCUGUAUAAUCAUGGGAAUCAACUGCAUCAAGCAGCCUUCCGACAUCCCUCAGAACAGCAACAAGAGCAAAGGGCUUUCAAUCCCGGCAUGGGACGGCCGCCCGCGCCAGUAUCCCUGGUUCCUUCUUUCACCCCCUAUGGCGCCAGGCCACACUUUUCACAGGGUCAAGCAAGCGUCCCAAACUCAGUGACGACCGGCACGCCCUUUGUGGGAGCGAAUGACGCAGCCGGUAGCACACCUAGCAUGUCAACACCGAGCAGCUCGGCGGGAUCUUCAUUCCUUCCUCGUGAGACACGAGCAGGCUCUGUCACGCCCGCCUCGACGCAGGGCUGGUCCAGCGCUUCUUACGGUGGCCCUUCAACGCCUGGGAGAAUGCAGCCGUCGCACUACACCCCAGUAAAUUCGGUCGGAAGCAGCGGCACGAACGGCAAACCUGUCAUCGGUUCACCCAGUGGAGCGCGUCGCCCAUCGUCCCUAACGAAUUCGACGACGACAGGCCCACUUGUGAGCGCUCCUUCUAAUCUCAACGUCUUCUCGCGCCUGCCACCGCUACCACCAUUACCACAAGAGCCAUCAAAACCCUCCGUAGAGUUUCCACCUGCGCCUUGGAGCCUCGCGGGCUUGUUCCCCAGUGGCGAAGAUCCCAUCUCAGCAACACGGGCGUACGUCGAGCAGCUCGAGGCGCUCGUAGACGCUUAUCGGGAGCGCGAAAGGAUGCGUAUAUUGCAAAUCGAGGCACUUGCCAUGGAUCCUACACUUGCGCUCCAAGUGCAUAAGUCUCAAAAGUCGAAUGAGUCUGCUGCUAGCCAGGCUGCGGAAGCGGUCACUGCAGGAGAAAGCGAUGCAUCGAAGAACCAGUCAGAAGAAGGAAGCGUGGAAUUGGCGCCAAUCCUCGGCAUACGGCUUCUGCAAAAGGUACAAGAGCUUGCGGACGAAAAUGAAGAGCUGGGCAGGAUACUGAGCAAGAGGAUCGAAUUGGGCAGCGGGAAGUGCGAACCGGAUGUAGAGCGCUUACGAGCGGAGCUUACAGAUGCCCAUACCCUCAUCGCGCAAAUGGAUAAAGCACUGACAAUUGCUGAGCAGCGGAGGACAGCGUCAGAGCAAGCGCUCGCGAUCGCUUGCGCUACGAACAGCGUUGGGAUCUCAGAGGAACUAGCAACGGGACAAGACUUGGGCAAAAUGGAGAAUGGAUCUGUAGAAGGCGUCGCUCCCUUGGCGAAUGGCCCUUCGUCAAUUCCAACAAUCAACAUGCCAUCUGCGACAGGGCCCACAGGAAAUGCUCAGCGGCGAGACAGUCGAGACCAUGGCCGAGCGCCGAGCACUGUCCGUAGCGGUGGGGCUGGAAGGGGUGGUGGUGGCGGCGGCGCCCGAGCAGCUCCGCCGAGAGGGGAUCGCAGACGGAACAGUAACCCGAAAGGUGCGCAGGGAUAA